UGACCUCUCAGAAUGUUCUGAGAUUCUAUUGGAUAGUUCCAGUGGAGAAAGAUUAGACUCCUCAGAAGCUAAUUGACUAGGGAAGGAUCAGGAAGACAAGACACACCAAAAGAGGGAGGGAAUCUACAAUGGAAGGACACAAGAAAGAUCAGCUGGAUUAAGUAGUCAUGAUUAUGCAAAGCCAUAUCCAGAGACCAAGGUGUAAAGCAGGUCGGAGAAAAUGGAAAUCUCAAGAUUGGCUCAGUCAAAAAGAAACAUUAUCAGUUUGAACAUGGACCUUGAAAGGGAUAUGCAGAGAAUAGAUGAAGCAAAUCAGAAACUUCUUCUCAAAAUCCAAGAGAGGGAAGAUAAGAUUCAGAGGCUGGAAAGUGAGAUCAUUCAGACGGGGGACCUGGUGGAAGAUGAAGAGUGGGAGAAGGAGAACCGCACCAUGAUGGAAAGGGAAAGAGCCUUGCAGGAGCUGGAGGAAGAAACAGCCAGACUUGAAAGGAAGAAUAAGACUUUGGUCCACAGUAUAACAGAACUUCAACAAAAGCUUACAAGGAAAUCACAAAAGAUAACCAAUUGUGAACAAAGCAGUCCAGAUGGAGCCCUAGAAGAGACAAAGGUUAAGUUACAACAGCUGGAAGCUUCCUAUGCACGCCAAGAGAAGGAGCUGCUCAAGGUAAUGAAGGAGUAUGCAUUUGUGACCCAGCUCUGUGAAGAUCAAGCCCUCUACAUAAAGAAGUACCAGGAAACGUUGAAGAAAAUAGAAGAAGAACUAGAGGCUCUGUUCCUUGAGAGAGAAGUAUCAAAACUCGUGAGCAUGAACCCUGUGGAAAAAGAGCAUACCAGCCAAAAUAAUGAGGGUACUCCUACCCAAAAGACAGCAACAUUAUUCAGUAAAAAAUGGGCCUCCUCCUUCUAGUGGCAAGAUGGCUGCCAACAAUCCAGAUGUCGUACUACCAGAUUAGCAACCUUUGCAGAAUAAAAGUCUUUUCCAACAGGUUCAGCAGUAAAGUCCAGAAAAGGUCAUAAACUGGCCUAUCUGAGGUCAAUUGCCUACCCUGUCCCACAGUCAAUGUGGCCAGAGGGAUGGAGUACUCUGAUUGGUCAAGCUUAUGUCAUAUGUUCAGCCCCUUACUAAGGAUUAAGAGCAGUAAAAGAAGAAGAACAAAGUAAGGGAAUGACCUAAACUAUAUGGAAUGCAUUUCUCCCACUAAAAGGGGCUCAGUGCCUAUGGAAGAGAAAAGGGAUGCUGGACAUGCAAAAGCAGAGGUCUACUUCAUUGCUAAACUCUGUGUCUUCCUAUAAGCAAAAAUUAUAACUUCUAAAGAUA